UCAGUAACCUCGUCGCUAAUGACAUUUACCAUCGUAUCGCGAUCAUAAACCAGUUAAUGUUAUAUCACUUUGAAGUCAAACUGAUUAUUUUCGUGAAGCGUUUCGCUUGGUCCAUACGUCAGUAUGUUGCCUCUGUUGCUGUUUUUGUUGAGUGGUGCUAAUGCUGCGUUGUUCUAUGACUCGUAUCAUGGAGUACCGAUAACGAUUGAUGAAGUGAAGCGGCACGAUAAAACGAAUACGACUUUUUGGUGUGUGAACGAAGUGGAACCAUGUCACCCGUUGGAAGGCAGGCGCGUCGAUGGCUCGUGCAACAACCUCCGGUUCCCAUCCAGGGGAGCGAGCCAUACACCCUUCACAAGAGUAUUGCCACCUAUUUAUGACAAAGAUUUUGAGCCAAAGAAAUCAGCAUCAGGUAACGAGCUGCCCCUCGCCCGGUAUCUAAGAACUCGUCUGAUAUCUGUUGGAAGGAUUCCUAGCCAAGUGUUCACUCAGCUCGCUAUACAUUUCUUCGUAUUUAUGUCAGCUGAUGUAGUCUCCUUGCAUGAUACAAUUAAUUAUAUUGCUUGGAGGCCAUACUGCUGCGCAGAGAAAGGCAAAAACGACUCUUAUUGCGUCCCGAAUAAAAUACCUCAUGACGAUCCGGUUCAUCGCUUCUCUGGUCACAAUUGCUUAAACAUGACCAGACCAGAGUCUUUCCAGAGCAUUGGAUGUAUACCUAAGGGUACUACGCCUGACAGAAUUGUAUCAUCAACUCCUCUCCUGGACUUAUCGACGAUAUACGGAAACUUCUUGAAAAGUCUUAAUGAAAAAGGGAGACUUUUUGAAAAAGGAUUAUUGAAGUUCGAAGUGGAAAACGGCAGGAUCUGGCCUCCCAGUGUCAAGACAAAAGCUAGCGUGUGCUUUUUGAACCAACUUCCACAUGAAACAAGGUGCCAUAAUAUGCCCGAAGAUGGCGGCAACACAUUAGGUAGUAUCAAUCUAAUGGCUGUCUGGUUCUGGAGGAACCACAACUUCAUAGCCACUGAGCUCCUGAAGGUGAACCCUUGUUGGGAUGAUGAACGGCUCUUCACCACGGCUAGAGAUAUCAACAUCGCUAUAUCCCUGCAGAUCUAUUAUUACGAGCUUAUGCCUAUAUUCUUGGGCUAUGAAAACUUGCUUAAAGAUAGAGUUAUCAUCCCAACUGGUGGCUUCAGGGACAUCUACAAUGAAAACGUUUUACCACAACUGUCUCUCGAAUACCCAUUCGUUUUGAGAUGGGUGCACACUAUUCAAGAAGGCGCUUUAAAAAUGUACGAUAAGGAUGGUUAUUAUUUAAGACAAUAUCCGAUAGUGAAUCUGACAUUAAGAACUGGAUUCUUCGCCGUCGAUGACAAUAUAGACUACAUAACACAGGGAAGUUUUAGACAGGGAAGCGCUCAUAUUGACUAUGUUGCUGAUCCUGAUAUUACAGAGCAAGGUAUGGGUCCUCAUCAAAAGGUAUCUGAUUUGAUGACAAACGACUUGGCAAAGAACCGCUACUUCGGCUUCCAGCCUUACGUCAAAUACAGGGAGGCGUGCUUCGGUACAACCAUUAAUAAAUUCGAAGAUCUAAAAGGAUUCAUUGACCCGGAGAGAGUAGAAAUCCUAAAAGACGUAUACGAAAGCGUAGAAGACAUCGAUCUUAUGGCGGGCAUUUGGGUAGAGAGGCCUAUAAAAGGAGGGUCUGUUCCUCCCACCUUCUACUGCCUGGUGAUCGAUCAGCUCAGACGCAAUGUGGUCUCCGAUAGACAUUGGUAUGAGAGACCUAACAGACCCAAUGCGUUUACUGCACAUCAACUUGCUGAAUUAAGAAAAAUGACGAUAGCCAGAAUCCUCUGCAAUGUUGGUGAUACCGUGACGCAAAUACAGCCUCACGCGUUCCUAAAAGCUGGGUUCAAGAAUCCAAUUGCGAGUUGCCAUCUUAUACCUGAUAUUAAUUAUGGAGCUUGGAAGGACCUUAACUGUCAAAAUUCACAUUGGCAAUAACUUAUAUCAAAUGGACAAGGAAAAUUCCAUUUCAAUUAACAAAAAAUAUUUUUCAUGACAAUAAUAAUAAUAUAAAUAGACAUUUUUGUAAAUUUAAUUUUCGCGACAAAUAUAGCCAGGCAUCUGGUUUAAUACUGUCAUAUUAGAAACAUAAAAUAUGU